AUGAAACCUGGAUAUGCCUGUGAGUUUGAAAUAUUCAUCAAGCCGCUGUGCACUUGUGCCACAAAAGAACAUGUAGCGAUCACUUCGUUAAAUAUAGCAACUGGUGUCAUUGAAAAUGCAAAAAUUGAAAUGGAAAUAGAGACGGAACAAACAACCAAAUUGAAUUACAGAGAAAUUAUCAAAGACAAGAAACUGGGCGAAGGCAGUUUUGGUAUUGUCUACAAAGGGCAAUACAGAGGCGUUUGUGUUGCAAUCAAAAAGAUGAAACAAUUGGAUUUUAAUGAAAAUGGUCUUGAAGAAUUUAACAGGGAAGUUGACAUGUUGGACAAGUUCCAAUGUGAUUAUAUUAUCCACUUUUAUGGUGCAGUGUUUAUACCAAACAAAUUGUGUAUGGUCACCGAAUUCGCGCAAUUUGGAUCACUCCAAGACUUGAUCAAACACAAGAAGAGUGAUGAAGUCGACAUGAAGUUGGGAAUCAAAUUUUUGCUUGAUGCUUCAAAAGGUAUAGAAUACCUUCAUAAUAAUGGAAUCUUACACAGAGACAUAAAACCAGACAAUUUGUUAGUAUUAUCACUGGAUGUGAAUGAAAAUGUGAAUGCAAAAUUGACGGACUUUGGAUCAUCGAGAAAUGUCAAUAUGUUAAUGACUAACAUGACAUUCACAAAAGGUGUUGGCACACCAAUUUACAUGGCGCCUGAAAUUUUGAAACAAGAUAAGUACAAGAAAAGUGCAGACAUUUAUUCAUUUGCGAUAACUAUGUAUGAGGGUAUUAGGUGGAAAGAGGCGUAUCCAAUUUCUGAAUUCAAAUAUCCAUGGAAAAAAGCAGAGUUUGUAAAUUCUGGAAAUCGUCUUCAAAAACGCGAUUCAAUCAACGAUCAGCAAUUUGAAUUAAUAUCAAAUUGUUGGAAACAUAACAGAGAAUUAAGGAUAACAAUUGAAACAGCAAGAAUAAAACUUGAAAAUAUGUUCAAUUAA